CAGACGUGUUGCAUAAUGAAGAUCUGAAUGUCUACCUGCUCAGGCCUAACAACCUCAUGGACAUCUCAACCUAAAGAAAAUGCUAGAAGCAAAGCGUCGCACCUCAUCGUCUCGUCACCGUCAACACACUUCGAUUCGCAACGAUGGCAUCUACAUUAUCGGUGACACGGAGAUCGUUGUCAAGAACUCAGGAUACAUGGGCUACGACACAGCACCAACACAUGGUCCGCCCCGAAGUGAGGGUCGCCGACAUGGAAGAUUUGAGAAAAGUUCUUACCCUUCAAAGCACCGGAAAGAGAUCAAAAGAGCAGAUGCAGUUAAUAAUGGUUCUCAAAGAGCCCGUCACCGCCGUCAUGGGCGCCAUCCUUCCCGCCAUAGUCAUGAUAGCUCAAGUACAGAGGGCAUAUCGAGUCACCGCGAUGAGGUGUCCGUAAAACACAGCUCGAAUGGUGCGUCGAACGAGUUUGAUGUUUCGCCACCUCGUGCCACCAAGACACUCAUGCUCCUUCCUAAUUACCCACCGAUAGUGGAUCAUGUGCUUUUUCAGCCUAUGGUACAAGAGAACCUCAGGGUACAAGAACAACCUCGAGUGGAUUUCCUGGAUUCACGUCAGAGACCUGAAACGUCCCAUCACAGGCUACAAUGCUCCGCUUCUGGCGUCAAUGCCGAAGCUAGACAUCCACAAACUCCAAGCGAUCAGUCUUCUCGUUCUGACGAAGAGUUCUUCGAUGCUUUAUCCAGCCUACCUGAUGGUCUGGCUCGUGCUGUCAAUUCAGAGUCUUCGCAAGAUUAUAAGCUGUUGGAGGAGAGAGCAUUAAGAAUUGAGUAGGAAUUCCAAACAGUAUACCACAAUCUUGAAGGAAGCUGAGAGGCAGCCUCGACAGCCUGGGUCGACGGUGAGA